GAAAAACAAUUUCGCACUGUGUUCAUAGAACUUUGAAAUCAGCGAGCCUAAACAUUUCUUCUGGUUUUACUUUAAUAUGCAGCUAUUAUCUAUAUCCACAUUUGUGCUAAUAUUUUUAAAUAUCAAUAUUCUGUUUUGUAAAGCACAUCGGCGGCGAUCAAAAUCUUCACGAGGUUUUGUACAGAGAUUAUCAACGCCAGAAGAAUGCGCGCGGGAAUGCCAAGAUAAUGAAAUGCCGAAAAAUUGUUAUUAUCAUUUCGUCCUUGAAUAUUAUACGACAAAUAAUGAAGCAUGCAACUUCUGCGACACACCAGUGAAUGAUUCAAGAAUUAAUUCAUCAUGUCAAUGCGUUAUAGGUGACGGAUUUGAAAAAACAAUAACUUCUAUCAAUCGUAUGCUUCCGGGGCCAAGUAUUCAGGUUUGCAGAGAGGAUUAUCUUAUCAUUGACUUACAAAAUGAAGCCGAAGGUCUUGAAGCAAGUAUACAUUGGCAUGGCAUUUUUCAAAAUGGAUAUCAAUAUUAUGAUGGCGUACCAUUUUUAACACAAUGUCCAAUUUUAUCAUCUAAUACAUUCAGAUAUCAAUAUAAAGUUAAAAACUCAGGAACUCAUCUUUACCAUUCUCAUGAAUCAGUGCAAAUAAUGGACGGACAAUAUGGAUCUCUCAUCGUACGUGAUCCACCAAGUUUGAAUCCUCAUAAAGAUUUAUACGAUGAAGAUCUUCCAGAACAUGUAAUUCUUAUCAGCGAUUGGUUCCAUGAAUUAGCAUUGGAGCGUUUUCCUGGUCGAUAUAGAAGUAAUCGUGGGCAAAAUCCAGACAAUAUUUUAAUUAAUGGGAGAGGUAAUUGGACGAAUCCCUCAACUGGAGUAAGCACAAACGUCUCUUUAUCAUUGUUCACUGUUGAAAGUGGAAGAAGAUACAGAUUUCGUAUAAUCAGUGCAUUCAGUACGGUUUGCUUGGCUGAAAUAAAAAUUGGAAAUCAUUCUAUGCAAAUAAUUGCCACAGAUGGUGAAAAUGUACAACCAGUACCUGUAGAUGCAAUUACAAUGGCCUCAGGUGAACGAGUUGAUUUUGUUCUAAAUGCAAAUCAAACUCCAAGUUUUUACUGGUUACAUGUACGAGGACUUGGAGAAUGUCAACAAAGACAAAUAUAUCAAUUAGGAAUACUCGCUUAUCGAAGUAGUUCUAUGUCAUCACUACCAUCAUCGCCAGGAUACUUUUUUAGCCCAUCUACUAAUGUUUUUAAUCCACCAAAUUCUACAGAAUGUGGAACAAAUCUUUGCGUAUCACAACUGAGCAAGCUAUAUCUCCAAGGCGAAGAAAAAGUGCCAUUGAAUAAAACAUCAGAUAUGCUAUUUAUAUUGUCUUUUAAUUUCUUUAACUAUAGUGAAGGACUGAAUUUAUUAUUUGAUACAAAGAACCAAGACUACAAGCGAUUUUUUGUUUCUCCAACCGGUUCUCAUUUAGACAGCUUGGUCGCCAAUAUUUCAUAUCAAAAUCCACCAGGACCUCUUAUUUCACAAUAUGAUGGAUACGAAUUUAUGUGUGGAAACCGUUAUACGCCAUCUACAUGUACACAGCCAUGUACUUGUACCCAUGUUUAUCAUAUUCCACUUGGAGCACUUAUAGAUGUGUUACUCUAUGAUAAAAAUCCUCUUACAGAAAUGUAUCAUCCAUUUCAUCUGCAUGGUUAUAGUUUCUGCGUAUUAUAUACUGGUCAAUUUGUUAAUGCCCUUAACAAGGACAAUAUAACAAAUGCAGAUGUAGCAAGAGAAAUAAAUGCUCACAUAAAUCGUUUGCAAAACGGUUAUUAUCAAAAUUGCGCUCCUAAAGAUACUGUCAUCGUACCUGAUACUGGUUAUGUCAUCAUACGCUUUAAAGCAGAUAAUCCAGGUUGGUGGUUCUUCCAUUGUCAUUUUACGUGGCACACAGCAACUGGAAUGAAUGUCGUUUUACAUGUCGGUACAGAAUAUGAUCUCCCAAACAUUCCAUCAGACUUUCCACAGUGUUACAAUUGGACACCACCAAUAAUGAAUUAUUAUGAUAACAAUUAUAACUAUUAUAGUAAUAAUUAUGAUAAUAAUUAUAACUACUAUAGUAAUAAUUAUGAUAAUUAUUACAAAUAAAAGUUAUUUGUCUAAAAAAUAAUCUUUAUAUCAAAUUAGUUAAUGUCUAAACA